AUGUCUCUGGUCAUCGAGACUGCCACGUCAAACACACGACACAAACCCUUCCACUUGCCUUCGCCUUCCGCUUUGGAGGAAAAGAAAGAAGCGCUCCGUGGUUUCCUCCGGUCGGCAACUUCCGAAACCACGGCCACGCCAACCAUCACCACCUCCGCCGCCGGCACCACCAGCAUCAACACCAGCACCACCGCCAACACCAACAAUACCAACACCACCAAUCUGCCCGGCAGCCCAUUAACACCAACAACAAUGGGUUCCCCUUCCUCCCCUUCCGGCCCCUUCUCCUCUUCCUCUUCCUCGGGGAACAUCGACCCCACCCAAGCCGUCGAUGGUCUCGUGCGCGCCAUGCGCGACCUCACAGCGGACAGCAACUACAAGCUGGUCGCCGACGUCUUCGGGCAGUUCAUCAUGCUCAAGGAGAAGAACGAGCGGAUGUCCAUCUCCCACCGCGAAGUCCUCGACGAGUACCACCGCUACCGGUCCGAGCUGGACGACUGGAAGAAGCGGCUCGACAAGGAAAAGGAAGGACUCGAGGACGUGAUCCAGUCGAAAGUGCAGGAGGUGCUGCACCUACACGCCAUGCGCGCGAAAUUGCAAGGGGAUUUGGAGGAUAGUGCCAAGAGGACGGCGGCGGCUGCGGAAAAUGCUGAGCGUGAGCUGACGAGGUUGAAGGAGGAGAAGGAGAGGGAGUUGGAUGAGUUGAAGAGGGAUAAGGAACGGGAAAUGGCGGCGUUAAAGGAGGACAAAGAGAAGGAAUUGGCUGCGCUGAAGGAGGAUAAAGAGCAGGAACUGACCAAGUUGAGGGAGGACCAGGCGUAUGAGCUGGCGAAGCUGAGAGACGACAUGGGGACGGAGUUGAGUGAUAUGAAGUCCCUACGGGGGAUGCAAAUCUCAGACCUCGAAGCUGCCAAGGCCGCUCUUGAGAAGUCAAAGGAGGAACUCGAGACAGCUGCCGCCCAAGCUGCACAAGCCGCGGCCGAGGAGAUUGCCGCACUAUCGAACGCCAAGACCCUUCUCGAGACCUGGAAAGCGCAAGCCGAAGCCGACCUUGCAUCGCUUCAAGAAUCCAAGACCACUUUGGAAGCCGACAAAACUAAGAACGAGGUCGAGAUCGUUUCGCUCAAAGAGAUUGUCGCCACGCUAGAGGCUCAGUUCAAGGCAAUCGACGAGGCUCUAACAGCCACCAAAGCCGAGUUCGAGUCCCUCAAGGCCACAGAAGCUGAAAAGACAUCUGAGAUUGAGAGUCUUAAGGCAUCGCUCAAGGCUACUGAGGAACAGAUCGUCUCUCUCAAACAGACGGUGGCUGAGAAGAGUGCAGAGAUCGAGGCCCUGCACGGCAAACUCGACACCGAGACCAAUCGAGCCGACACGGCCGUUGCCCGGGCCGAAGACCUCCAGAACCGACUUGACGAGACGGAGGACAAUCUCCAAACCGCCGAGGAGAAGCUGGAUAUUCUUUCAUCGUACCAGAUCAAGCUUCAUGCUGACAGCGAAGACGUUUACGUCGACAUCCUCGACAAAAUCUGGACCUCAAUUGUCACCCUCGUCGAAUCCACCUUCCGCCCCUCCCUCCCCGAGCCAGUCCUCUCCGACCCCUCCUGCUGGGCCAACCUCCGCAACUCGCCCUACCUCAAACACGCCACCCAACUCCAAAUCCCGCUUCCGCAAUCCAACUCCCCAGCAGCCAAGGGCAUGCGCAUCUCCGCCGUCUUAGCCGUCCUCUCCCGCGCUUUACACCGCCAUCUCUUCCGACCAGUCUACCUACUCGACGACGACGACGAAAACCUAGUCAAGUUCCUCCGCGUCUUGGAAGACGAGAAUCCUGCUCGGGAAUUGCACCUAAGGUCAACGCUGCUUGCGACGAUGCCCGAACGCCAAAUCGAGCAGGGCGCAAGAAGGGUGAAGACAGUGGUGAGGGAAGUCUCCUGGCUCGUGCAACACUUGCUCUCGGCACUAGCAUUCGAGUCCUUCGUCUCCGGCCUCGAGCAAGCCUGCAAGCUCGCCUGCGAGCAAUGGAUGCGGAUCCAACUGGCCUCGAUGAAAAUCGAGCCGUACUUUGGGCCGCCGUACGACGACUUUGAUUGGCAGGUUUUGGACCUGCCGGAGUUUGUCAGCUCCAACCCGCAACAACAGCGGCCAUUCUCAGUGACGCUCACAGACGGCGGAGACGGCGAUGACGGCGCUUCAACAAUCGGAGCAGAUCAGGGAGCCGGCGCCCCGUUAACCACCCCCGGUCCCGACGGCGGCAAGGGCCUACAUAACCCGUCCCACGACCACGACCACAACCACAAUCACUCCCACCACAACCGCUCCCGCACGCACCUCCACUCCGACAACGACCACAAUAACAACUCGGACACCCCGCAAGAAGAAGAAAUAGACCCAGACGACAUCCUCCUCGUAGUCUGGCCAUCCAUGUGCUCCGUCGAAGACGGCGACAUCAUGAGCAUCACCCAGGGCUUGGUGAUCUCUAAGGAGCAAGCCCGGCCCGCGUUGGAAGAAGUUCGGAGGUCCAAGUCUAGUGGCGGAUCGGGACUGAAUCGCGAUGGGAGUUUGAACUCCAAUAAUGGAGCUCCUGGGAUGCCGAUGAGACCGGGUUCGACUACGAAGAGGGGCACGACGAGGGGGAUGAGUAUUGCUGCGGAGGAAAGGAGGGGGGAGAGUAGGAGCCCGGUUACGAGUAGGCGGAAGAGCUUUUUUGGGAUGGGCGGCGGUGGCGGUGGGGGUGGGGAGAAGGAGGGGAAGGGGGAGGAGGUUGAUGCCUGAGACAGACCGAGGCGGCGCGAGGCCGAGGAGAGAUUGGAAUGGAAUGGGGGUUUGAUGUGAUGUGAUGAUUGACGGAUCUAAUGAUUGGAAACAGGCAUAUGGAACAUGAUGUGAUGACGGAUGGAUAGAAACGACGGACGGAAGUUAGUACACGAUCUGUAUAUCAUAACGACGAAAUUCACGACAUGAUGAACGUUUAGUCUUGGGUGUUAGUUAGCGUUGGGCUCUCUUCGCAUUGGUCAUCGCCUUGUCCUUUGCUUUAUUGACUGUAGCUCCGAGGUCUCUGGAGUCUGGACACCGUCUCUCACUUGAGAGCCAUCUAGCAAGAGAAGUGGCUGGAAGUAAUGAAGGGAACCUAAUGAGUAAUGAAGACCGUCUUGCUUUUG